GUGAGUGCCAGGAGGUGUUCACCACCAUCAAAGGGAAUCUCUCCAGCCCUCGAUACCCCAACUUCUACCCCAACAACCUCAACUGCCAGUGGAGCAUCCAGCUGCCCAUGGGCUAUCGGGUCAAGGUCUUCUUCUUGGACAUGGAGCUGGAGGGCCGGAGCAGCCUGACGGGUGGCUGUGACUACGACCACCUGUCUGCCUUCGAUGGUGGCACUGAGAACAGGUCCCUGCUGGGGCGGUGGUGUGGGCGGGAGAGCCCAGCGCCCAUCACCUCCCACAGCAACCAGCUGCUGCUGGUCCUCCACACUGACCGCAACAUGGCCAAGAGAGGCUUCUCCAUCGCCUACGUUGGAGUUGUUCCCAUGAACGUCAGCUGCACCCGGACCGACUUCCACAUCCAGAUCCCCGUGCAGUCCCUGGCCCAGCUGGAGAGGAAUAGGAUUUAUUUGGGGACUCCUUCCUGCGCAGCCCAGGUGGUUGGUGGGAACUUUAAAAUACACACCAGGUUUGACACCUGUGGCACCGAAUCCCAGAAACGCAACAACACGUCCGUCAUCAUCAGCACCCUCUACAUCGAUUUUUCAGCAGGCGACCAGGAGGAUGUCCACCAGUACGAGGUGCAGUGUGAACCAAAGAGGAAGGAAGCCUCGGUGACCCUCAUCGCCAGCCCUGACCCAUCCAGGCUCAGCCAGGCUGAAAACCUGGUGGAUGCCCAGCAGCAGGAGGGGGGAGAGAUGGACACCCACGAAAUCAAGAGCCAGGACACCAGCGACAUCGUUUUCAUCAGCAUCUGCAUCCUGGCCGGGCUCCUCAUGGUCAUUGCGGUGGUGGGACUGGUGCUUCUGUAG